ACAAUUUCUGAGGCUCAAAUUUCCCCAUUCGACAUUUCCUAGGUUACCUCGGGUCGAUAUCCUCAGCCUCGUCAUGCCCGCCCCAUGGAGGACUUUCCAAGGAGGUGUUCAUCGGUCCCCUCAUUCAUGCAUCUGUCCGGAUGCCUGACCCUGGCGAUAGCGCUUUGCAAUCGCAGAGCCGCAUGCAUCCCAAUGUUUGAAAAGGGACUGAGACCAUGGCCUCCGAGCCGAGCUGCGAGGCUAUCUGUUUCUCCACACAACGGCCUUUUUGAGCCGCAUCCAAGCUACUGUACUCAGCUGUCUCCCCGCCCUACUGUUUUCUAGUUACUUCUUCCAGCUCCCACGCAGUUUGGGAUGCGCCCGUUCUCCUGCAACUUGCUUUCGCUUGUGGCUUCUUCCUCUUCUCGCUUCUUUCCAACACUUAAUUAUUUUACGCCUCUUCCUCCCUGCAAUCGAACACUACAAUAUUCAUGCCUAUUACUCUUGAUGGGCUUCCUUUCGAUAUUUUGUUCUACAUAACUGCUCACCUUCAAUUCGACGACAUCAUUAACCUCGGGCACACAUGCCGCCUCUUGAAAAGCCUUCUGCACGAAAGCACGCUGUGCCGUCGAACAAUCGAGGCAAACUUCCCUCACAGCAAGGAAGCACGGCUUGCCCAGGACCAAGAAAUAACCUACUGCGACGCCUUGAGCAGCAUACACGACAGACGGGAGGCCUUUUCGAAUGCCCGUCCCUUCUCAGCUCGUAUCAUCGGCCAAGGGAACUCUUUCUGCUAUCGCCAAGGAGUCCUAUGUAUAUUGGAAGGUAGCAGCAUCCGUAUCUCGGAUGUACAUGCCUCUUCAGCUUUCUUUGAAGUGGACCUCUCCCCAUUCAUCAACACGGUUCCGGAGGCCUCCACAUCGCCCAGCGAACCCAAGAUAUCUUUGCUGCAUUACAAUGAUGAAAUCGUCACCGUGCAUUAUGAAAAGAAGGCCCGGCCAAACAACGGCCGCAUCUUUGUCAUCAGUACGAAGCUUAACCCUCCCGGCGGCAAGAGGGUCAUCAAAGAGAUUCAGCUUGAGUCCAGCUAUAAGUUGUUUGCGCGACACACAGCCAGCUAUCUUUACUAUGGAACUUAUACUGGAAUGGGCGAGCAUGGUCACCAUGAGUGGGAGAUAAGAGGCGUCUCUCUUGACCGUCGUCAUCCCUUAAAGGGCUGCGCCCGCCCUCUACAGCUUGAAGAGUUCUUUGGCACCGAUGUUGGGUCUACAAUCGCAUUUGAGGUCCACAACGGCUACUUCUACGCAGUUUCAAAUCAAACGUCCUUUGAGGUUGAAGAAUUAGACUGGACGUCUUUCUACCACUGCGUUCGCUUCCCGCUGGACCGGCCAAAGCGCGAUUUUAUGGACAUCAAUAAGAAAGUAUACCGUCGGCAACACGCUGAAGGCCCGAUACACGAUUCCUGGACCGAUUUGACUAUUCAGUUCGAUGAAUGUACAGACGAGCCGAUGAUUGUUGAGUCACGUCGUGAGUGGCAAAAGGGAUCCAGCCGACAGCUCAGGACCUUCUACAUCUCAGAUUUCGAUUGCCCCGAGAAGUGUGACUCCGCCAUGCCCUCCGCGGAUGGGUCACCAGCAAUGGGUGCAUCUGAUGCUCCUCUAUUACCAGAAGAUGAUCCCUUCACAGAGUUGCUUGACUCGACGAAUCGGCCCAACUACGCGCCUACAAAGCCCCGGUUCAAUUGGAAUUUCCAUCCCGAGUUCCCCUCGGACUGCGGAACUACUAGAUCCUUCAUCCUCGCCCGCACGAAAUUUCGAGCAUACAACUACGCCUGCAGCUCAUUCCUCGACUUGGUGGAAGAUGAACGUUGUUGCAACAAUCCCGCGACACCGCCGUGCUUGCGGAUACGUAUUGGGUCUCGCCGCGUUGCCCCUUUCGAUUGGACGCCCGCUGAUAAGACGCCACCACCGAAGGACAAGUCACUCAGCCCGCUUACCGCGGAGGACGACGUGGUGUAUCGUCACUCAUCCAUCAACAUGUGGCCCCCUCCAGCAUCCAGAUGCCCGUGCUCAAAAAGGCUGCAUCAGAUAUUGAACCCACCACUACCGACAGGGCCAGCAUACAACAGGUCCAUCACCGGCGUCCUUGAUGAACGCAGCCUCGUGUACAUGAUCCGCUCGGGGAGGUCAUAUGGCUCGAACGAUGACAACGCAUUGGGCCCCAUUGUCAUGAUCAGCUUCAAUCGUGGCCCUCUCCCGCCGAAGCCCAACGACAAGUCACCCGACCAUGAGGAGAAAAUGGAGGACGAGUUCAACCCGUCCCACUGGCAGUGGACUCCAGGGCUCUCAACCGCCUGUAAGAGUGGGACAUGUCGCUGAUGCGUCCUCUUUCCAGAAUGAGCAAUGAGCAAUGAGCAAGUAGGAACAGAGCCCCAGAUAAGGCAACGGUGGUGCGCAAACCACGUUCCCUUUCGCCUUGCUGCAGGCGUAUGCCUGGGGCUGCAUCAUUGACCGGUCAAGAACCCCGCUCGUUCGUAUCACAGUAUUGCGCAACCUAUCGUCAGUGGCAUUGGUUCGGCCGAGAUCAUUUGAGUCACCCAGCUCCGCUCCUCAUCGCUAUUUUACUGGGUCAAAGGCCGUCCUUCCUUGGUGUUUUCUCGCGCCUGACAUUGAAAGUGAUGACGCUUAGUCAUCGCUGCAGGGAGAUUUCAUAGAUCCCUGUCAGCAUCUCACAAUCAUAUACCAGCACCGAAGGCGAACAACCGCUGAGCUCAAUAAGCUCGAGGAUCGUUUUCCGGAUUCAGUCAAACUGCGAGAUGCUGCGGUCCCUCA